AUGCCUCUGCUACCGAGGCUCGUCGAGAGGUUCGCCAGUACUGAGCAGGAUCUGUCCGAGUCAAACGAGCUCAGGGCUAUAUACGCCUACGAGAAGAUAGUCGGCGUCUUGGUUGCGGCCUUCCCCCACCGGGACAUCACUCGCUACAUGAAGGUACUGAUCCAGGGGGCACUGAACUUUUACGAGGACCCUUCAGUCGGAAUCGACAUCGGAGAAGUGCUGUUUCACAUGUUUCACGAUCUGCACCAUUCUCUGAAAUUAUGCAUGCAUCCCCGUCCGGAACCGAACACUUUGCCUACGAUGACGGGUAUCAUCAUCUGGAGGACUACUCUGGAAGGGUUCCUGGUGGAGCUGGAUCGCUGGGACUUCGGCCCCGUCUACAAGUUCUACAGCUUCCUAUGCAUGGUCAACAAUGUGAACCUGGCCGGUACCACUUACUAUCUGCCCUACGUUCCCGCCAAAGAGAGGGGGACGACGUGCCCAGAUGCUGCCAAACGUGGAGCACAGUGCUUUGAACUGGUGGACAGCCCCGCUUCCGCGGCCUUCACGGGCGCAUAA